AUGGCUUUGGUCACGGUCCAGCGGUCGCCUACCCCCAGCACUACCUCCAGCCCCUGCGCCUCGAGCUCUCACCUGGAAGACAGUGAAUCCGCAGCGUUACUUUGCUGUGAAUGUGAAGACUCAGAAAUCUUUAGUGAUUCCAAUGAGGCAGACAGUGGGGAGGAGGAAUGCCGAUCACAGCCCAGGAGCAUCAGCGAGAGCUUUCUAACCGUCAAAGGUGCUGCCCUUUUUCUGCCACGGGGAAAUGGCUCAUCCACACCAAGGGUCAGCCACAGACGCAACAAGCACGCAGGUGAUCUCCAACAGCAUCUCCAAGCAAUGUUCAUAUUACUUCGCCCAGAAGACAACAUCAGGCUGGCUGUAAGACUAGAAAGUACUUACCAGAAUCGAACACGCUAUAUGGUAGUGGUUUCAACUAAUGGUAGACAAGACACUGAAGAAAGCAUCGUCUUAGGAAUGGAUUUCUCCUCUAAUGACAGUAGCACUUGUACCAUGGGCUUAGUCCUGCCUCUCUGGAGUGACACCCUAAUCCAUUUGGAUGGUGAUGGUGGAUUCAGCGUCUCAACAGAUAACAGAGUUCACAUAUUCAAACCUGUAUCUGUGCAGGCAAUGUGGUCUGCACUGCAGAGUUUACACAAGGCUUGUGAAGUGGCCAGAAUGCAUAACUACUACCCCGGCAGCCUCUUUCUCACCUGGGUGAGUUACUAUGAGAGCCAUAUCAACUCAGACCAGUCCUCAGUCAACGAAUGGAAUGCUAUGCAGGAUGUACAGUCCCACCGACCUGACUCUCCUGCUCUCUUCACAGACAUACCAACUGAACGUGAGCGGACAGAGAGGCUAAUUAAAACCAGAUUAAGGGAGAUUAUGAUGCAGAAGGAUUUGGAGAAUAUCACAUCGAAAGAGAUACGAACUGAACUGGAAAUGCAAAUGGUGUGCAACUUGCGAGAAUUCAAGGAAUUUAUAGAUAAUGAAAUGAUAGUGAUCCUUGGUCAGAUGGAUAGCCCUACACAGAUAUUUGAGCAUGUGUUCUUGGGCUCAGAAUGGAAUGCCUCCAACUUAGAGGAUUUACAGAACCGAGGGGUUCGCUAUAUCUUGAAUGUCACUCGAGAGAUAGACAACUUCUUCCCGGGAGUCUUUGAGUAUCAUAACAUUCGGGUGUAUGAUGAAGAGGCCACAGACCUCCUGGCUUACUGGAAUGACACUUACAAAUUCAUCUCUAAAGCAAAGAAACACGGAUCUAAAUGCCUCGUGCACUGCAAAAUGGGGGUGAGUCGCUCAGCCUCCACUGUGAUCGCCUAUGCGAUGAAGGAGUAUGGCUGGAACUUGGACCGAGCCUAUGACUAUGUGAAGGAAAGACGGACAGUGACCAAGCCCAACCCCAGCUUCAUGAGACAGCUGGAAGAGUACCAGGGGAUCUUGCUGGCAAGCAAACAGCGGCACAACAAACUCUGGAGAUCGCAUUCAGAUAGUGACCUCUCGGACCACCACGAACCCAUCUGCAAACCAGGACUGGAACUCAACAAAAAGGAGAUCACCACCUCAGCAGACCAGAUUGCUGAGGUGAAGACCAUGGAGAGCCACGCGCCCAUCCCUCCCGUCUUUGUGGAACACGUGGUCCCGCAGGAUGAGAAUCAGAAAGGCCUGUGCACCAAAGAAAGAAUGAUCUGCUUGGAGUUUACUUCUCGGGAAUUUCAUGCCGGACAGAUUGAAGAUGAAUUAAACCUAAAUGACAUCAAUGGAUGCUCAUCAGGGUGUUGUCUAAAUGAACCGAAAUUCCCUCUUGACAACUGCCAUGCAUCCAAAGCCUUAAUCCAACCCGGACAGGACCCAGAAAUGGCCCACAAAUUCCCAGACUUAACCGUGGAAGAUCUGGAGACGGACGCGCUGAAAGCAGACAUGAACGUCCAUCUGCUGCCCAUGGAAGAGCUGACAUCCCGCCUGAAAGAUCUGCCCAUGUCCCCGGAUCCUGAGUCACCGAGCCCCCAGCCCAGCUGCCAGGCCGCAGGCUCAGAUUUCAGUGGAGAUCGCAUUGACUUUUUCAGUGCACUGGAGAAGUUUGUAGAGCUUUCCCAAGAAACCCGGUCCCGAUCUUUUUCUCAUUCAAGGAUGGAGGAAAUGGGUGGAGGAAGGAGCGAGAGCUGUCGACUGUCAGUGGUGGAAGCAGCCCCUUCCGAAGCAACCACUGAUGACCAGAGAAGCAGCUCGUUGAGUAAUACUCCCCACGCAUCUGAGGAGUCUUCAGUAGAUGAGGAGCAGUCAAAGGCAAUCUCAGAACAGGUCAGCCCAGACAUCCUCAUGCAGCCGCACUCAGAAAAUGCGAUGUCAGUCAAAGAAAUCGUCACUGAGAUUGAAUCCAUCAGUCAAGGAGUCGGACAGAUUCAGGUGAAAGGAGACGUGCUGUCCAACCCGUGCCACACACCAAAGAAGCACAUCGCCCACGAGCUGCCCCUGGAGAGGGCCCAGGCCGCCACGAGCAGGCCUGGAAACCUGGAGCAGAGUGAAGGUUCCUGCUCAGCCCAGCCUGAGCCAGCCAAAGACUCAGGGAAGGGGCACCCCGAGGGGUGCCCAGGGGCACACUCCACUGCAGAGGUGGAAGAGGAAGAACCAGCGGAGGGGGAACAAGAGCCCUGGGGCCCCGGGAUGCCCCCGGGGGCCAAGUGGUACCCCGGGUCCGUGAGGCGAGCCACCUUGGAGCUCGAGGAGCGCCUGCGGCAAGAACAGGAGCACCUCGGUGCUGCGCCCGCGGGGGCCUCUCUGUCCUCUCGCAAGAACUCCAGGAACGACUCCUUGGCGGCAGAGCCGGCAGCGAAAGGGAAGAGUGACGAAGCCGCCCCAGAACUGCCACACGUCCCCAGAGAGCCAGAGACUGGCAGGGCCCAAGGGCGAUGCGGUGGGUCUGAGGCUGGCUCUUUACCGCGUCCUGAGCAGCUUGCCAUCGUCCCGGCCCCUGAGCUGCGGGAGUCUCACCCGGCGCCAGCACCUCAGGAUGGCCCGCGGCACGAAGGUGUCCUGCGGGAGCCGAGGGCUGUGGUCUCAGGCCAGGGGCCCGAGACACCAGCAGCCCCUGCUCCCUUUCCCAAGAAGAUAGAAAUCAUUGAAUACACCUACACAGCGCCAUCACCUGAUCCCAGGCCAGGGCGGGAAAGAGCCAGCAGUGAGAAGAGUGGGGCGCAGGGACUGAGGACUGUGAAGGUGGAAGAGGCCCUCACUGUCCUCUGUGCUCUGGAUGAAAAUCUGAACCGGACACUAAGCCCUGACCAGGCUCCUCUGCGCCCCAGAGUGCUACCUCCGCCUCAUUCUUCCUCUCCCCAGCUUGAGCACAGCAGGCCAGUCGACCUGCCCCCCACCCUGAGCAGCCCAGCCGCGCCUGAUAUCAGUCCCACGACCCAGCCAUGUGGCGCCAGCCCCAAUCACCUGUGCCCCCAGACGGUGGUUCACCUGGAAGGCUUCACAGGACAGAGCAGCACCACAGACAGCGCCCCCUCCACAGAGCAGGACAGCUGGGAAGAAAGCCAGGAGGGCCCCCUCUCCAGGGGUGGUGAAGUGACGUACCAGGGCUCCCAGUUCAGUAGCGAAGACCCGCAUUUAAUCAGCCAACUGGGUGAUAAUACCGGGGAGCAACCGGCAAAACUGGACCCAACACCUGUAGCCCAUCAACUCCCACACAGCUCCAGUACAGACAGUAUAGAGAGCCUCAGUCAGAGCCCCAGGGUGGGGAAGGGACGCGCUAAAGAAAUCGAGUCCCGAGCGACUUCCCAGGUAGGGCCCCCCAAGCCACCCCAAAUGAGGCGUUCAGCUUCCCUCGCCAAGUUAGGUUACUUGGACCUCUGUAAAGACUGUUCACCAGAGAGGGAGCCCGUCUCCUCUGAGUCCCCUCAUCUCAAACUGCUUCAGCCCUUCCUCAGAACGGACUCGGGUGUGGAGGCCCAGGAGCCCCCAGAAAACCCAGACACUGCCCAGAACCGAGAGCCCACCAAGUAUUUCAUAGAGCAACUCAGAACCACAGGGCAUGUCGCACAGAGCAGGCCAGUGGAGAGGCCCCUGGCGCAGUACGCCAGGGCAUUUGGUUACAGUCAGCAGUGUCUGCGCCCCAGCGCAGGGCCUGAAGUGACUGGUUCGGAAGGAGGCCUGCCUUCGGUGCCGGCCCGGGGACUGCAGGACGCCGGCCCAGCCCCAGGGCUGGCUGUGGCGCCCCGACAGCAGCACGGCAGAACUCACCCCCUUAGGAGACUGAGGAAAGCGAACGAUAAAAAACGGACAACCAACCCCUUCUAUAACACCAUGUGA